CAGGCAAGGCACUUGACCAUUUCCCAUGAAUUAACAAGACAGCUUUAUAUUAUUUCCCCAGCAUCUAUCAAUCUGUUAAGUUGUUGGCGCGCGCACACAAUGGCAGACUCCACCGAGCAAACACUAUUCAUACUUGCAGAAGAGGGCAUCCAUGUGGAGCUCACCCGCGCGCAUCUCGAUGCCGGCGCUGUCAUGAAUAAAGUGAAGAGCCCCAAGGCCGGCGCAAUUGUGCUUUUUGCCGGAACGACAAGAGACAACUUCAAUUCCAAGCCAGUCAAGGAGCUCCAAUACACCGCGUAUCCGCCUCGGGCGCUGCAAACGCUGCUUACAAUCGCGCGGACGAUGAAGGAGAACCACGGCUUGCAAGGGAUUGCGCUUAUUCACAGACUAGGCGUCGUGCCGAUUGGCGAAGAAAGCAUAUUGAUCGCGGUGUCUGCGCCGCAUCGGCAGGCGGCGUGGCGGGCGGGGGAAGAGGCGCUGGAAGAAUGUAAAGCGAAAGCGGAAAUAUGGAAGCUGGAGGAGUUUGGCGGGGAUGAGGGCGGCGUGUGGCGAGCGAAUCGGGAUGGAGCGGAGGGCGUGAGGGUGGAUAGUAAAGAGGAGAGGAUUGAUGGGUUUGCUUGAACGGGGGAAACAUGUCAGGGCGUCGUGGCAGUCACUGCAUCGCGCAGACAGAAGCACCACGGAGACAGAAAGCUGUUCAGGUAGGCAGACUCUACUGGGCCU